GUUCGACUUGCAAGAAAAUCGGCAUUCUUUCGACGCGAUUCGCGAAUCUUUUUUACGAAUUUUUUACGGGCUAGGUUCGGGUGUCUGCCACAAGGCGCCGCUACUCUAGCCCGCCGUCCGUUCUCCAGCUAGUCGCGGCUAACGUGUUGCGCGUUACAGUUUCAACGACCUUGGGAAAUUUCUGCGAGAGUUAGUUUUGAAAGCUCCGUCAGAUGUCACUGCACAUCACUGUCUGGAGGGCUGACCUUGAAAGUCAGCUUGUUUUUAUCAAUUACCACAGAAGCAAAAUCAAGCUCCAAAGAUCUGAAGAGAGAGAAACUUUAUUUUGGUUAUGGUUAGCGCUGGACGUUGGAGUUGAACAUGUCAUUUCGUCCUUACUCUGACCUGAUUUCGGAAUGGGGUGGCUGGAAGGCGAUUUUAAGUUCACUGGCCUCUGUCUCUGCCUUAGGCUGGAUAAUCAACAAAUUCAUGUUCAUCCGCAAGAAAAAAUAUAGCGUCAGCAAGCUACAAAACAAGGUUGUUUUGAUUACUGGAGCCAGCUCAGGAAUUGGUGAAGCUUUGGCUCAUUCCUUUUACCGAGCAGGAUGCCAAGUGGUGCUGGCUGCUCGACGAGAGAGUGAGCUCCAGAGAGUCCGUGAAGAUCUAAUUCACAGCCAUGAGACCGGCCCAACGCACUUGCCUGUGAUCCUUCCUCUUGAUGUGUCAGAACUCAAUGAAAUUCCACAAAAAAUUGAGUCCCUACUGGCCAUUCACAAGAAAGUGGACAUUCUGUUAAGCUGCGCUGGUAUUAGCAGCAGAGGCGCUGUAGUCGAUGGCUCAGUAGACGUUGAUAUCAAAGUGAUGCUCAUAAACUAUUUUGGACAUGUGGCCUUGACCAAAGCCCUGCUUCCUCACAUGAUCAAGGAGCAAAGCGGCCACAUUGUUGCAGUCAGCAGCAUUCAGGGAAAAAUCGCAGUGCCCCAUAGAGCUUCCUACUCAGCGUCAAAACAUGCAUUGCAAGCAUUCAGCGACUCUUUGCGGGCAGAAGUAGCCUCACAAGGCAUUAAAGUGUCUGUGGUUAGUCCAGGCUAUGUCAAAACAAACAUAUCCUUGAACGCACUCAAUUCCGAUGGCCAACCACAUCAAGUGAUGGACGAGAACACUGCGAAAGGAAUGUCUCCAGAGUACGUGGCUGAGAGAAUACUAGAGGCUGUGGCUCUUGAAACAAAAGAAGUGGAAAUCGCACCAUUUAUUCACAGAUUUGCUAUUAUUUUGCGAGUUUUAACGCCAGAUUUCUUCGCUUUCCUCUUACGGAAGCGUGCAGAGUCUGAAGCGUAACAUGCGAUUCUUUAGUUGAAUUUCUAAAAGUGAAAUUUAUAAUUGUUGCUUGUCAUUUUUCAAUAAAUUUGUUGAUGAAACAUAA